UGCAGUUUCCGGCGAACUGAUGGGGCGGUUGAGAGGGUCUCGAGCUCCGCAGACAUUGACAUCAUUGCGAGGGAAUUUAUCCACACGGAAGAUUUCACAGAUGAGAGAGGAGGAACAGCUUGCUCUGGCUUUCAUGAUGAGUGCGAAAGAUGCUGAUGAGAAAUGUACCGCUGCUCGAGAUGAGGAGGAACUGUUCAAGAAAGCCAUUAAGGAAAGUCUACAGAUGCACAACCCACUCAGUAAGCAUGCUGCUGCUAAUUCCUUGUCCCCUGAGAGUCAACAUGACCUGGAGCCCUGCACCCCUUGUGGAUUGACCGAGUCAGACACGUCUGAUGUUGACCUCAGCCCAUUGGUGGUUCUGGAAAAAUUGAGUGAAGAUAUCGUCCGCUGUUCGCAGGAGUCCAGCAUUGUCUUGUCUCCAGAGAAGGAGCUGUCUCUCAGCUCCAGAUCCCUUGUGAGGAACCUUCGAGUUAGCAAUAAUCAUUCUCCUCCUGUAAGUGUCUCACCCUGUCAAUGUGUUGACAGCUCUGUACAGCUUACACCCACGAAGGCAGUGAAGAAGCUGAAAAAGGCCACCAGUCAACUGAAUGUGCAGAACUGCAGGUCCAGCACACUGUCAGCAUCAGACCGCUUUAGCAAUCCUGAACCAAAACUGGCGGAGAAGCAGGACAAAGUGAUUUGCACUGGCUGCCAUCAGUCUGUAGUGGAAAACUUUCAACAGACAUUGCCUAUCCUAAAGGACAGAAGAGGCAGAGAGCUGCAGUCUUUUGAGCAGCUGUGCAUACAGAGUGAAUGCUCAGGGUCAGUACCCAUAAAGAACCAUUCUCUAGAGAGCCACUCAAAUGGCCUUAAUGGAGUGGUUCAUUAUUUCUGGGGUAUUCCAUUUUGCCCAGGCGGUUUGGACCCAGAUCAGUACACAAAGGUUAUCCUAUGCCAGCUGGAGACAUAUGAGCAGUGUCUGAAACGUGCACAAAGCCAGCUUCUGCGGAAAUUAGAGUUUGGACCCCCUGUUCUGCCAGCGCCAGUGCCUAGGGAGGGUCAACGGCAAAGAAGGAAACUGUUAGCAUCAGAGCAGACAAUUGCCACAGCAAACGAGGACCAAGAGUCUGAUGGAGAGAACAAACAGUACAGGGAGCAACAAGAGGAGCAAGGUGCACCAGAACAUUCAUCAGAGAGCGAGGAAUCCACUGAGGAGGCUCAAAGAGAUCAUGAGGCUGGAGAAGCGUGGUCAAUCAAUGGAAACAGUCAACAGAAGUCUCCAAAUUUGUUUAUUGAAGAAUCUCCGGAGAUGAACGAUAAAGUGAACAGCGAGCAAGUGGAGUCUGAGGAAAGCAGAGGUGUGAGUUCCAGUGUGAGUGGUGAUGUUCAACCAGAGGAUGAUGUUAUGUUUAUUUGUGCAGAGACCCAACAGACCUUCUCUGAAGAUGUGCAGUCAGAGAGCAAGAACUUGCAGGAACCUGAAAUGGCCACAGUGCAGGAACCUGCAGAUGUGGUACUAAUCGAUGAUGAUUCUGAGGAACUUUGUCCUGUCAUACCUAAGAAAACUUGUGUUGAGUGUCCGCUUUGUGGGCAGCGCUUCCCAUUGGAAAAAAUUGAAGUGCAUGCAGCCGAUUGUAAUGGGACCAGACACGGAGACUGGCAAGUGCGGAUCCGCAGCAAGCCACGCAGAGCAAGCAAGCAGAAUGGCACAAAUGGAUGCAUCCCUUCAGUACUCAAACAGUAAUGGGAGUUGAGCAAAUGUAUGGAGUUUAACUGAAUCUCAUACACUUGCCUCCAAUCCAAAGGCCUUGUCCUGAUUGACGGACUCUGAAUCCUCUAUUAAUACCGACCAGAAAUAUGCACUACUCAAAGUCCAGCACUGUGAGGGGCCCUGCCUAUACAAUCACUGCAGCCUGGAGAUUACCACCAAGCACUUCACAUUCCAGGACCAAAUGCCACAUGUAAAUAGUCUUUCAUUAAAAUCUUCACUUAUA